AAGCGAAUAAGAACUGCGUAUAUGUGAAAUAAACAGCAGCGACGCAGACACAGUGGUGUGGUUUUUUCGGAAUAGAUCUCAGCCCAGAGGAAACGCAUUAUAUUACGCACUAUCAGAAAAGUCAAGUAAAAACGGGCAUUAAGUAAUCAACAAUUCGGACGAGAGCCAGCAGAGCCGACUCGAAAAGUGACAAAAACAGCUGUGGCGGUGGAAAGGGGACUAGAAAAGUAUCCAUAAAGUGCGAAAGGUCAGCAGUAGCUGUAGCAGCAGCAGACGGCGCAAAGGAACAUAGAAUAAAAUUCUUUGUUGUGACUGUGUGCGUGUUUGUGUGUGUUGCGGUUCUUGUGCUUUUGCUUGUGUGUCUAGCUGUCACUUUCUGGCGCGCGCAAAAGAUAUACACAAAUUGAAAAACGGUGGCCACCCCCCUAAACACCCUCCUCUGCUCCAUCACCUUGAUGUACGCGCCCGGUUCCGGUGCCGCUUGGUUGUCGUUGUCGUCGUCGCCGUCGCUGUCUUGGUUCUCGUCCCUGUUUUCCCACCAACGCAACGCAACGCAAUUGCAAUUGCAUUCAAAAGUGGAAGUGUGCUGCUACUUGUCUUAAUUGCCCGUCUAACACUUGAAUUGCCAUCGGCUGGCCAUCGGAGCAGCGGAAGUGGAGUUGGAGAGGAGUGCAGCUCAGGUGCCGGUGCCAGUGCCAGUGCCGUUUGCAAAAACGCUUGUACAGAAACGCUGACAACGCUCUACGCCUCGCCAAACGCUCAGAGGGAGAGGGAAAGCAAAGGAAUUUUUAAAUUUGCACAAAUUGCAUACAAAGAAAAUUCCCCCAGAUCAUAGAGAGAGAUAGAGAGCGAUCGUCUUCAACUGCUUGCCCACGCACCCGAUUUGGCCCGAGCUUCAGCCAGGAGCCGCCAAGCACCAGCAGCAGAGAGGAGCCAGCACCAGCCCCAGCCCCCACCCCUUGUGCCGUUGUGUGCGCGUGUGGCUCUGGUGUCCACCGACCGUGAGAUGUUGCCAUUCACCCCGCAAGUGGUCAAACGAUUGUUAGCACUCAAAAAGGGCAACGAAGAUAACACCGUCGAGGGCAAGUGGUCGGAGAAGGCCGUCAAGAAUCUGGUGAAGAAGAUCAAAAAGAACUCGCAGCUGGAGGAGCUAGAGCGUGCCAUUUCCACACAGAACUGCCAGACGCGCUGCGUGACAGUGCCGCGCAGUAAGCCCGUCCCACCCGGCGAGCAUCUGCGGAAGGGUCUGCCGCACGUUAUCUACUGCCGUCUAUGGCGCUGGCCGGAUUUGCAGUCACAGAAUGAAUUGAAGCCGCUGGAUCACUGCGAGUACGCCUUCCACUUGCGCAAGGACGAGAUCUGCAUCAAUCCGUAUCACUACAAGAAGAUCGAGCUGUCGAUAUUGGUGCCCAAGUCGCUGCCCACACCGCCCGAUUCCAUAGUGGACUAUCCGUUGGACAACCACACGCAUCAGAUACCAAAUAAUACCGAUUAUAAUGCUGCGAUAAUACGCAGCGCCUCGUUGAGUCCGCCACAGUAUAUGGAAUUGGGUGGUGGCAGCGGUCCGGUCACCUCCUCCUCAGCAUCAGCCUCCGCUUCAUUGUUGGUUUCGGCCACCUCCUCAUCGUCAUCCUCGUCGUACCAGCAGCCACUAUCGUUUGGCCAGAACAUGGACUCGCAGUCGAGCGUGCUCAGUGUGGGCAGCAGCAUUCCCAAUACGGGCACCCCGCCACCCGGCUACAUGAGCGAGGAUGGGGACCCCAUCGAUCCCAAUGACAACAUGAACAUGUCGCGCCUGACGCCGCCCGCCGAUGCCGCCCCAGUGAUGUACCACGAGCCAGCCUUCUGGUGCUCCAUCUCCUACUACGAGCUAAACACGCGGGUCGGCGAGACCUUUCAUGCCUCCCAGCCCUCUAUUACGGUGGACGGCUUCACAGAUCCCUCCAACUCGGAGCGCUUCUGUCUCGGUCUGCUCUCCAAUGUGAAUCGCAACGACGUUGUCGAACAGACACGCCGUCAUAUCGGCAAAGGCGUUCGACUCUACUACAUUGGCGGCGAGGUCUUUGCCGAAUGCCUCAGCGAUUCGUCCAUAUUCGUGCAGAGUCCGAACUGCAAUCAGCGUUACGGCUGGCAUCCGGCCACCGUUUGCAAAAUCCCGCCCGGCUGCAAUCUGAAGAUCUUCAACAAUCAGGAGUUUGCCGCCCUUCUCUCCCAGUCCGUGUCGCAGGGAUUCGAGGCCGUCUACCAGCUGACACGCAUGUGCACCAUUCGAAUGUCCUUUGUGAAGGGCUGGGGGGCCGAGUAUCGUCGCCAGACGGUCACCUCAACGCCCUGCUGGAUUGAGCUGCAUCUGAAUGGCCCACUCCAGUGGCUGGAUCGCGUUCUCACCCAAAUGGGAUCGCCGCGACUGCCCUGCAGCUCCAUGUCGUAGGCAGCCACCAAAUAACACACAAAUGUAGGGCGGCCCCUCGUUCCCAUUCCGGAAUUCCACAAUUCCAGAAUCUGCAUUGCAUUGCAUACUUUUGCGCGUGAAGGGAAAUGGCGAAUCGGGAAUCGGGAAUCAGGAACCGGGAAACGGGAAUCGAGAGGCAGAACAGCAGAGCACAUAAGAAUUAAGUUUUCAGGCAUACAAAAAGUUAUGAAAAGAGCCAAAAGUAGAUGCAGUCACAGAUGCGUAUGUGUAUCCCAUACACAAAGAGAAAAACCACUCACACAUACAUGCUAUAUAUAACAGAUAUACAGAUGCACAUAUAUGGUAUGGUAGAAACCCAUAUAUGUACAUAUAUGAGAGGACAUGUUUAGGUCUAUACUGUGUAGGUGGAAACGUGAGAGAGGUUGCAGUGUUUUUUCGAUAAGUUAAUAAUAAUCCAGGCAGCUUCGGGAUACAAAUUUUUGUUUUUUUUUUCGAGAUACAUAUAUUUUAUGAUACACAAAAAACAGGAUACAAGAGUACGGAAAUCCCCCGCACCUGUGUGUUGGGGGGGGCCAGCGCUGGAAGCGACAGUCAAAAUUCUUUGUGAAAGAAGCAAAACAACAAACAUACAUAUAAAUGGGUGAGGCAGGACCAGAGAACGAGAGAGUAGAACAGAAAAAAAAGAAACAAAAACACAAAAAAGAACACAAACUGGGAUUUAUCAAGCUGGAAGCUUACACACAAAAUAGUACAGAAAACAGGCCCCACACGCUACAUAUUGUACAUAAGAAGAGCGCACCCGAAGAGGGAGCAGGGAAGCAGGAACAAAUUUAUACACAGGAUAAUCGGUUAAACAAUGGAGGGAGAGGAGACCUGUUGCCAUUCGGAUUGUGGAAAAUUGGGAUACAAAAUGUCAUAUUUGAUGGUUGUUAAACGUUUCGAUUGUAUGUGUGUGUGUGUUGAGGAAACUCUUUAAAGAAUCAAACAAACAAAUUAAAGCAAACCCCUUUUGUUAGUCGUAGAUUAUCCCCAUACAUAUGUAUAUGCAAAGCACUUGCCCCAACAAAAUGAGCGAACCACAAACAACCAGAGCCAGAGCCAGAGCCAUCCCAAUCCCAUCAAGGAAACCCAACCUCACAUCACCUCUCCUCUCCUCUCUCCGCUACUCGUAGCAUGGGGGAUAAAGCUCUCCCAUAAAAUUUCAAAACUGCAUUUAUUCUGUAAGGAAUGGAACCAUAGCUCAAAUGUCAAUUACAAUUACACUCGCUCGUCUCGUGAUGGAUGUGUGCGCUCAGAAAUUCAAUAUACUCGUAUACCACACGUGCAUGGACUGUUGGACUGUUGGACUGUUGAACGCGGCUCAGAUUUUGCUUGUGGCAAGUGUGCGCUCCUUCUUGGGUCAUAGCUUUUAAGUCGUCUUCUAUAACAUGUAAUUAGAUUUAGCUUGUCUAGACCUCUAACGUGGACAUUCGCAGAGCCCCGAACCCAGUUUUAGAUGUAAGUUUUUUUUAUUAUUUGUUUGUUUUUUUUUUAUAUAUCAUUCAACCAAAAA